AUGGGGGUUAUCAUGGACCUCAAGGAAAGGGACUGGGAAAUUGCUCGGGCGGUCAAAAAUCCCGACCGUGUGCGUGAGCUUCUGUCCCAGGGGCACAAGCCAGAUGCUUUUGAUCUUUGCGAAGCAGCCCGUCACGGGACUCUAUCUGCAGGUGCAGCAGAGACAGUUGAAAUUCUGCUGGCUACUGGUGCCAUUAACCCAAAUACUAGACCAGAUUACGCGGACCACACCAAUACAGCCGGAGUAGUGGAGGACUGGGCCAGCAGCAAUAAGAGCUCCCAGCCCCCUGAAAUCUAUGAGGAUCCAGACGAGUGGUACCCUCUUCACUUUGCUUUAACAUAUUCACGUCUGCCAGCAGAUUCUCAAGUGCAAAAGGCAAAUAUGACACGAAUGGCAACAGCACUCCUGCAAAAGGGCGCUGACCCUUACGCCCUCUUUCGCCAGACGAUCAGGAUCUACAACUAUUGGUCGCGCUUCCCUGGCGAGCCACAAGACGACAAGGUCAUCGACGAGGAUGCUGACCUGGGAAUCACCCAACUUGAGCGUCGAGAAGAGCGUGAGCAAUACCUGCUCCGUAAAUUUUAUUCAGUGGACUCAAAUCGACCUUUGUUUCCACGGAAGUAUGGUGUAUGCAGCGUUAUACACUUUCUCCUUGAAAAUGGAGAAUUCGUCCGCCCAGUGCUCGACUUCUUAGGCACCAACCUCACUCUUGAGCACAGAGACCCGCAGGGUCGAACGCUCCUCCUGUCUGCCUGUCGGAGUGCCUUGGGCGCUGAUGCUGCAAUUGACGGCGUGCAUGGGGAUCUUUUCUACGAGGAGAGUGACCGUGGUAUCAAACAUAAUCCAUUUCCCCAGCCAGACAACUGCUGGAAAGCUAAAGAGCUCCCUGGAGUAACUACAACAACCUCACUGGACACGCCAACACUACUUGACUACUUCAUCGACCGAGGUGCGAAUGUGUUGGCUGUUGAUAACUAUGGAAAGAAUGUGUUACAUCACCUUCUUGAGGCAAGACAUCAAUUGCGGUCCAGUGAACCGCCUGUUAUUAGUGCCUCCCUCCGAUAUGUGGCUAAUAACUAUGGGUCGCUCGUCAACCAGCCUGACAAGGCAGGCGUAUAUCCCUUAAUUGCUGCCUUAUCCCGCAUUCGGGCCUACUGGUCGAAGACUGAGCAUCUCGGCACGCUGGAGAGCGCGAUUGAUGAUCUCCUAGCGGCAGGCGCGGACCCCCUGGUCCGCGAUCCCCGGGGUAAUACCGCUCUGCAUUACCUGGCGCUGAGCUGGCUGGAUGACUUUGGCGUGCGCGGUGACGAACAGAGACGCCUAUGCCGCCUACUUCUGGACCGCGGUGUUGAUCCAAACGCUCGAAAUGUGGAUGGGCAAUCUGCCCUUGAGUUGUAUUUCACAGCAUUUGAGACCUCUCGAUAUCAGAAUCGACAGGGAUAUAGGUGGGAUGUAUGGCAGGAUAUGGAUGAGCCAUACGCCAAAAUCGACGAAGAAGUCCUGGAGAUCUUCGAAAAGGCUGGGGUAAACUUGACAGCACAAGACUCCGAGGGCCAGACGCUGCUGCAUAUCGUGGCAAGGAAAAGAACGCUGAGGACAUAUGAUAGGCUUAUGCUUCUUCUUUCAAAGGGUCUGGAUCCUAUGGUGCGAAAUGCAAAGGGCGAGACGGCCAUUGAUGUUGCAAUGAGUCUUGAACCAAGCGGAGAGUCAUUCUACGCCACCAUUCUAAAGGACCAUGUCGAAGGAAUGAAUGGCUAG